GUGUGUGUGCAGGCGUGUGUCAGGGAGAGGUAUAAAAGGUUAAUGUCACCCUCUCUGGGGGCUAAUACAGUAAGAGUCUGAGGAAUCAGGGAAGACUAUAGCUGUAUCAGGGACUAUACAAUGCUGGUAUCCCAAAAGCAUGUGCAGUCGGUUGCUGUCAUGGUUCUUGUCGUCUUCACAGUUGGUCACUGUCAGGAGAAUGAAAGGCGAGCGGUAACGGAGCACCAGCUGAUGCAUGACCGUGGCAGGACCAUCCAGAGCCUAAAGAGACUCAUCUGGUUGUCCAGUGCCAUGGAGGGGCUCCACACCGCCCAGACCCGCUCCUCCUCCCUGCUGCCCCCCACCGCACUCAACCCCAUCCCGGGCUACACCUCGGGCCUCUCCCCUGCCCUCAAACCACACUCUGCUGGCUCACAAUCUGGGGAGGCCAGCAACAACCACAAGGGGUCACUGGAGAGACUUAUGAAAAACUUCUUCAGCCCCAACCUCAUGGACCUCUCUGAGGGGGAACCAUAGACCCCGCAACUCCUCAACUCCCAGAACCAUCUCUAUUUCGCAUUCUGUGUCGCUGCUUUGAUUGUCAAUGAGUAUGUUAGCCUGCUAAAAGUCUGCCCAUGAAAGUAAAACAGACCAUGACUUUUAUUCAUGGCUAUCUGCUUUGAGCCUGCUAUUUUUGGCAUGUUUUUCACCCAUCAGAUCUCUCAGCCUGGACUCAUAGACUGGACGUAAAAUAGUAAAUGUAAAUCCGGGACACUCAAAUAAACUAAAGUAGGGUGGGUGGGCGUAUAACGCGAAUGUCUAGCAACUUUAAGGUUGCGAGUUUGAAUGUCAUCAAGGACAACUUGAGCAUUUUUGCUAAUUAGCAACUUUUCAACUACUUACUACUUUUUAGCUACUUUGCAACUACCUAGCAUGUUAGCUAACCCUUCCCCUAAACCUUUUAGCUGAUCGUUCCCCUAACCUUAACCCUUUUAGCUAAACCUAGCUAUAACCUUAACCCUUUGACCUAACUCCUAAACUUAACCCUAACCCCUAACCUCAACCCCUAUUCUAGUUAACGUUAGCCAUAUUGUAACAUAUUGUAUGUUUUUCAAAUUCAUAACAUAUUGUACGUUUUGUAAAUUCGUAACACAUAAUAUGAAUUUUAAUUUGUAACAAAUCAUAUGAAAUGGGUGAUGGACAUCCACAAAUUAAUACAUACGAUAUGAAAGGUAGCAUGUCAUACUAAAUGGAGUGACUCGGAUUUACAUGCAGAAUAAUAUUAAAUGCUCUGAGACCAGGUUGGAUCUCUGUGAAGAUGUACUGUAAAUGUCAACUAGUGCUGUAUGCAACAAUGCAUGGUCGUCUCAUUAAAACACUUUUUCUUUA